GUUUUCUAUCGGUGUGUGGUCAUACUUCCAGCUCAUCGACUUCACUGACAAGUCUACCGUCUUCCGCUCAUGGCUUCUGAACGACGCAGGUGAGGCCUUGCUUUACUUCGACCAUGUCCACCUGCAGGAGGUUCGCGAUAAGCACAUUCAGAAGGUUUUGCAGGCUUCGGGACGCCAAGGCAUGGAGCAGCAGAUGCUCUACGAUGUCAGCUGGCGACCCACUCCAGCUCAGGACCCCGCUGCGAAGUCGCGGUGGCUGCUCCUCGGCAGCCCUUUGGGCCUAAAGAAGCUGAAGGCAGCCGAAGCAGAUCCACGGUGCCGAUGUGUGGAGCUGGAUCUGGAGGCCGAGGAUCUGCCUGGGCUUCUCACCGAAGAGACCUGGAGCGCCGUGAUUUUGGCCGAUGGCUUGAUGGCCACGGAUGCCAGCAGCAGCGCUUGGGCAAAGUCUCCUGCAGACUCAGCUGCUCCAGGUGGCGAGCACAGCGACGUGAGUGUUCUGGAGCGGGCUAUGGUCCUGACCAAGGCCUGCAGCUGGGAGAUUGCUAGUAUGGCACUUGUGGCGAUGAGCAUCGUUAUGACUCGCAAUAGUGCUGUGGAUAUGCAGCCGCGAAGUUGGGAAGCAAGGCUCCUGGUCGUGAAAGCUCCCUUGGUGGUCUUGCCGACCUACGGAGCUCAGCCGCUGGCAGCAGAGCCGAGUGAGAAGCGGCGGCGAGGUGCACCGGACCACAGUGGGCUGUGGGGCUUCGCACGUGCUGUGCGAAUGGAAUACCCAGGAGCACUCCGGGUUACAUGCGUUGACUUGGACGCAAGCAAAGAAUCCGAUGCCUGGGCCCAGCUCUCCACAGACAUCUUGCCGGCCUUGCCAGCAGAGGAAGAGGAGAUCGCGAUCCGAGAUGGAGAGAUGAGUGCUGCAAAGCUGGUGCGAUCUGUUGUGAAGUAUACGGGAGCGGUGCGACUGAACAUGCCCGCUCGUGGAUCCCUUACUGGUCUGCGAGUGGUUCCUCAAGCCGACACUUCGGUACGAGUAGCUGCAGCACCAGGGAUGGCACAGCUGCGCAUUCGUGCAGUCGGUCUGAACUUCCGUGAUGUCUUGAAUGUCAUGGGGCUUUACCCUGGGGAUCCGGGUCCACCUGGUGCAGACUGCGGUGGCACAGUCAUUGGCCUUGGGGACAAUGUGCCGCACCUGCGACUGGCAGAGGACAUCUUUGGCGAGUCGCCCGGGUGCCUCAGCACUUACAACACAAGCUCCGCAGCCUUACUCUCCCCAAAGCCCACGUCCUGGACUUACGAGGAGGCCUGCUGUAUGCCGGUGAUCUUCGUCACCGUAGAGGAGGCCCUGGGCGACCUUGCCAAGCUGAAGCGCGGCGAGCGAGUCCUCAUCCACGCAGCAGCUGGGGGUGUGGGCCUGGUGGCCAUCCAGUACGCUGCCUUCGUCGGUGCAGAGGUCUAUGCCACUGCCGGAGCAGACGAAAAACAUGAAUUCUUGAGAGGGCUGGGUGUGAAAUACAUCACCAGCAGUAGAAACGGCCAGAAGUUCGAGGAUGACAUGAAGCAGCUCCUCAAGGAGCAGGGAGUGGAUGGAAUCGACGUCGUGCUCAACAGUCUCAGUGCUUUGCCCUGA